AUGUCGUCACAAAUCCUCGAGACAGAGCCCCGAGCUCAGUCUCCUAGCAUUCGUUCAGAGUCUGGAUAUGCUUCAGGGUCUUCAAGCCGGGACAGCCUGCCCGAAGUCUACUUCAGCAAGCCUCAUCUGAAGUUCCUGAACGCUCAGCUGCAGAAGCUGGAGCCGCAGGACAUCCUCAAAUGGUGCAUCACAUCUCUGCCUGGGCUGUCACAGACUACUGCUUUUGGGUUGUCUGGCCUUGUCACCCUUGACAUGCUCUCUAAGAUGGACGGACCCUAUAAGCACAAUACCGACAUGAUCUUCCUGGACACACUGUUUCACUUUGAUGAGACUUACGCACUGGUCGACCGUAUCCGCAAGAGGUACAACACCCCUAUCCACAUUUACAAGCCUGCCGGUUGCGACAAUGUCAAGGACUUCAACGCACGAUAUGGUGAGAAGCUCUGGGAGACCAACGAGGACCAUUAUGAUUACGUCGCCAAGGUCGAGCCUGCCGAGCGUGCAUACGCUGAGCUCCAGGUCAAGGCUGCCAUUACUGGACGUCGUCGAAGUCAAGGAGGCAAGCGUGGUGACCUCGACAUCAUCGAGAUCAACGACAGCGGCCUCAUCAAGAUCAACCCUCUCGCCAACUGGUCGUUUGCUCAAGUCAAAGAGUACAUCGACGCCAACAACGUUCCUUCCAACGAGCUUCUGACCAAGGGCUACAAGAGCGUUGGUGACUGGCACUCGACCCAGCCUGUGGCUGCUGGAGAGGACGAGCGCGCUGGCCGCUGGAAGGGCCGCAAUAAGACCGAGUGCGGUAUCCACAACCCCAAGUCCAAAUACGCACAGUUCCUCAUGGAGCAGGAGCUGAAGGCACAGCAAGAAGCUCUCAAUGGGGCUCUGCAAAAGCUGGCUGUGUAG